AAUAUAAUAAUAGCAUUUCGACAUAGGUAAUGCAAAUAGAAUGUAUGCUGAUUUUUUGUGCUUAAUAAUAACACUCUCACCAUGUCAAGUAUUUCAAAAGAUCCGUUGCAAUUUGUGCGCGAAGAUGAUUUUGUAGAGUAUUACAUCUUUCCGAAAACACCCGAGACUCAAUCAGAUGAAGAGGAAGCUGUGAUUUUAAAUGAAUUAUCAAAUAAAGUUCUAUCCCUUUACGCAGAAUAUGCGAAAGAUUAUAUUUGGCAUAAAGAUGAAUUUAAUGUCACGCCCUGCACCCGCAUGAAACACAUGUUAAAGGAAAAUGAUACUACCAAAGGACCGAUGCCAAUACAUCUUUUUGGAGUGACACAUUAUGGGGAUAAUAUUCAAGAUGAGUGGUUUAUUGUGUCAUUAUUAUUUGAAAUAAGUAGGCAAAUUGAAGAUGUGAUUGUACGUGUUGUGGAUUCUGAUGGAGAAUUUUUAUUGAUUGAAGCAGCUGAUCAUUUGCCAAAAUGGGCUACACCUGAAACUUGUGAGCAAAGGGUAUAUAUAUACAAUGGAAGUCUUCAUAUCAUUCCUAUUAAAUCUAAUGAAGAAAAUAUGAAAAUAGAUGAUGAUGAUGAGAGUGAUAAAGAUUCUAUGGAUGAAGACAUUGUAGAUGUAGAAGUCAUCUGCUUACAAGAUGCAUUUAAAGAAAUUUAUUCCGAUCCCAGCUUGACUAUAGCCUCUGAGUCUGUUCAAGAAAGUAUCAGGCACAGGACAAAGGAUUUUCCAUCAGAUAUUUCCAAAUUCCUACAUAGAACAACUAUUUAUGUUCCAGUAGCGAUUGCAAAAAUUCUAGAUAAAAAUCCACAAUUAAUAGCUCCAGCAAUCCAAGCAUUCUGCAACAGAGAUGUUGUGGAUAUGAAAGCAUGUAGAGCAAUGAAAUAUUUUCCACCUGAAAAUAGAGUAUAUUGCAGUGUGAAAUUUACCAAGUGUUUAUAUGCAAUGCUAGUGCAUAAUAAUUAUGUUCCUGACAGACGAAUUGGUUGGAAGUUACCUGAUAUUAAUAGUAAAGAAUAUAAAGCCCACAAUCUCGGUGUUAGAGUCGCUUGCGGUUUUGAAAUAUUAGCAGCACAAAUAAAAACUGAUCAAGAUUUUGAAGGAGAUAAGGCAUGGAUCACCUAUUUACAAAAGUUAACAGAGAAAGGUUAUUUUGCAGGGCAUCUAGAAAAAUCAGAAUCUCAUAACAAAUUACUGAAAGAAGCUAAAGAUUAUUAUACAAAAUAUAGAGAGAGCAUGAAUGUGACCCCAACCAUAAGUAAAAAAAUAAUUGAUUUACUUAAAAACUUAGAUGCAGAUCUUGAUUCAAGUGAAUUAAAUAAAGAUAUUAGUGAAUGUCCUCCUGAUGAUGAUGAAAAUUGGUUGAAUAUAAGCCCCGAAGAACUUGAUGAAAUGAUGAAAAAGCGGUUUGGCCAAAAGUGUCAGGUAUUUUCAAAUUCAGAAGUUAAUCCAAAUGAUUUAACAAGCAAACUUUCUGAAUUUUUGGAUCACAGAUCUGGAAUCGAUGGAGUAGAAUUUACAGAUGAUGUUGAUUUAAAAUUUGACAAACCAGUAAAACCAAAAAGAGGUAUUUUUAAAAAUAAAAAUAAGGGUGCUUCUUCAAAGCCUAACAAAAAUUGUGAUAAUAAAGUUGAUUUUGAUGCGGAUGCUUUUGCUUGUGCUAUUCAAAAUAUACUUGAUUUCAAAAUUCCUGAUGAAAACUGGGAUCAAAGUUCAGAUUCGGAGAUGAGUGACUAUGAUGAUGUACAGAAUAAUUCUGAUAUAGAUCAGGGUAACAUUAAAAAUUACAUGGAUCUAAUGGAUAAAGAAUUAGCUUCUACUACAAUUGGAAAGAGUUUUAGAAAUGAUGAUAUAGAAAAUGAUAAUUUUGAUGAAGUAGAAGAUUUCAAACCAGUUGAUAUCGAUGUUAAUGCGCUGAGAAAUAUGGUUAAAAGUUAUGAAGGUGAGAUGGGAAAAUCUGGCCCUGCAACAAAUUUAUUAAGUUCAAUUGGGCUGAGAUUGGAGCCCGAUAUGCAAGUAGAUUGAUUUUAUUUAUUUUAUGAGCAUAUUGACUAAUAUUAUAUCUCAUCCAUUUUGCUGUUUCAAAAUAAUUGCCAUAUUAUGCUAAAUAGGCUUUGAAUUCGUAAGAAGGAUGUUUUAUAUAUUGUGUUGUAGUGAUGUUUAAUUUAUACUAUUUUUCUUAUUGAUUUUA